AUGGAUGAAGGCCACACGGAUGAAGACCACACAGAUGAAGGCUACAAGUAUGACUGCCACACAGAUGAAGGUCUCACGAAUGAAGGCAAAAAGGAUGAAGGCCACACGGAUGAAGGCCUCAAGGACGAAGUUCAUCCUGAUGAAGACUACUCGAAUGAAGGCCACGUAGAUGAAGGCUACAAGGAUGAAGGCUACUGGAAUGAAGGCCACGUAGAUGAAGGCUACAAGGAUGAAGGCUACAUGGAUGUAGGUCACACGGAACAGGGGCACAAGGAUGGAGACCAAACAGAUGAUGGAUGGACGGAUGAAAGCCACAAGGAUGUAGCCACACGGAAGAAGACCACAAGGAUGAAGGCCACAUAG